CUCAAAUACGCGCGACAACUCACCUUAGUUUCCAAGCAACAGACGCUUUCUGAGUAAUAUGGCAAAAUUUGUGCUCGCUGGUAAGGCAGAUUGUCCUUAUUAUGCCAAAGCGGAAUUGUUAGCAGACGUUCUGCAGAGAUCGCUUCCGAACUUCAGGGUCCAUAAGAUCUCCGUCCUGCCCGCUGAGUGGAAGGAAUGGCUGGAAUCCACAUGUGAAAGAAAUGGCUGGAAGCAUAAUAACUCUCCUUUAGUUUGGAGGGAGCUGGUGGAACAGGGGGGCAAAGGGAUGCUCCUGGGUGGCUUCAGUGACUUCCUGAACCACUGCCAGGACUACUAUGGCAUCACAUCAGACAUGUCCACAGAUGUGAUGCAGAGAAUUGCAGCAGAGAAUCUGGAAACACAAUCAAGCCUCACUGCUGAAGAACGACAUUGUCUCAGUCUAAUUCAGCCCCUUCAUGUUUGGAUCACUGGUGCUCUCAGUUUAACAUGCCAAAUCUUGAUCCCAUCCCUGCUGUCCGCUGAGGUGUUUCCUAAAGAUGCGGCUAUUGCACUCCAUCUGCUGGACCUGGAGGGGGAUGAAGAAGAAAUGCAGAGGCUGAAGAUGGAUGUUGAAGACCUGGCGCCCAGUGUGCUCCUUCAGGUGAUAGUUCACACAGAUCUGGAUCAGGCUUUCCAUGAAGCAAGCAUCAUCCUUCUGUUGGAUGAUUUCAGAAAUGAUGCAGGAAAUGAGACCAAGCUGAGAGUUAUAACAGAGCACUACAGAGAGUAUGGGCACCUCAUCGAUGGACGGGCUAACAAACAGGUGAAGGUGAUAGUGUGUGGGGACUCUUUUGUCAACCUGAGAUGUUCACUGCUUGUGGAGAAUGCACCUUCAAUCAACAGCCACCAGUUUGUUGCCACAGCAACACAGCUGGAGAAUGAAGCCAGAGCUGUGCUUGCAAAGAAGAUGAGAGUGAGACCAUCAGAUGUCACAGAUGUCAUCGUGUGGGGGAACAUCAGUGGCAGUUUUAUCAUUGACCUGCAGAGGGCGAAGGUUUUCAACUAUCGAGGGGCAAUCAGAGGACCAGAUUCCUUUCCCCAGUCAGUCCUUCAAAUUUUACAUGACAGGAAAUGGCUGGAAACAGAAUUUCAACAACAGGUUCGACUUCAGCGUGCGGUUGUGGUUUCAAAGACCGGCCAUGCAGCUGCAAUAUCAGCCACCAAUGGCAUCCUCAGAGUACUGAAGGCUUGGCAUGGUGCUUAUGGUCAAGAUGAGGUCUUUUCAGUUGGUGUACUUUGCACAGGCUUUUUCAAACUCCCAAAUGGCAUCAUCCUCUCAGUUCCAGUUACAUGUAUGGAUGGCAAAUGGUCUGUUCUGCUGGAUGUGACUGUUGACAACAAGCUUCAGGAGGAACUCAAGCUUUGUGCAAAAGAACUGCUACAGGUUUUUCACAACAAAGCACCAAAAACAAAGCAAAGCACAUACUCUUGAAUAAACCCCAUCUCAAACACAGGGACUGUAUAGGAACUACAUACAGCUCAAAAAUAUAAUAAAGGUUUGCUUUUUUUUUAUCCUUAAGUCUCUUUCAGUUUGUCCUUUUAUUCUUUUCACACGAGUUGUAUUUUUAUUUUACCACGUUUAUCGUCAACAAGUCCUUUGCUUUGCAAAAAUUGUCCAUAACAGUUUUGUAUAUUUAAAAGAUCUGACAACUUUGUGGACAAAAGGAACAAUUAGAAAAUAUGUUCUUUUUGUUCUCAGGAUUGUUUGAUUCAUUAAAAGCCAGUUUUUAUAGUAGUAUUUAAGCAUAAAACAACUCCUGAACACAAAUGUUUCUGUUAAUCACACACUUUACCAACCCAUCUCUAUUUCCAGAUGGUAGUCUUUAAACAUUAAACUUUUAUUCCCAACAUUAGUAACAAAAUAUGAAACAAACCGAACCUCUCUUCACCUGAAGCAUUCAAUGGUUUGUUUUUUUACAUCACAACUUGUGCAGUACUUUGUCUAUAGACAAGGACAACUUGAACAGAGUGCUGUUUUUACAUGCAGAAAAUACACUUUCCACCUUUUUUUUUUGUUUUGCAUUUCUACACUAUUAACUGGGGGGAGGGGUACAGAUCAGAGGUUAGUAGAAAUACAAUGCACUACGACUGGUUUGGUAAGAGGAUACAUAUUCUGCUGUUACGUUCGCUUUGUACAACCUGAGAGUCGGAUGCUGAGUGGUUUAUAACAGCGGAGAAGGCCCCUCCAUACAGAUUCGAUCAUUUCUGAGCCAAUUGUAAAGGAAUUAUUUAGCCUUUUGGAGAAAAAAACCCCCAAAUAUUCCUACGUGUGAUGCACUGCAUGCAUGAACAGUAAAGAACAAGGGGAAUAUACAUACUCCAGCGACAGCUAUACACAUGGAGAGCCUAUAUAACUUUAUUUUUAGAUCAGGAGAAAAUUCAGUCACAAAUGGACCAAUGAUGCACAGAUGACAAUAAAAACGUAGAACUGAUUACAUCCUUCUUCCGUUUCACCUUGCAGGAAAGUCACUUGUGUGUAUCAGUUCUUUAUUCUUAACAUCCAAUAAUGUCAAAGCUGUAAGUCACUGAAAAUGUUUUUUUUUUAAACUAAUUUCAGGUUCAGUGAGGGAUUUCUGUUAUUUUCCUACAAUUUACACCUGGAUGUACAUUGUGUCAUUAAGACACCUAUAUACAAUCAUUAAAGUAGCCAAAAAUAAACUUUCAGUCUUCCUCUAAGAUUUUUUUUUUCACCAACUGGCUAUUAAUUUAAAUAAUUUAUAACAUAUAUUAAUAGUUUUAUAUCUAAAUCCAUCAUUUUACCUUUUGCUCUGACGGAUUCAGUCAGUGAGCUGAGGCGUUAUUACUGUAUUUAGGUUUAUCGGGCCCAUCAGAACCCAGAUUCUGACCACUGUGCAACCACAAACUAUAACUGACACCUCCAUAACCCUUCAUUCAAGUUCUGCCUCAAACAUCAGGAGGAAACACAAUCUUCUAUUGUUCGGGCCACACUGAUGAUUCGCGGUACGUGUGUAUUUAAAGGGGACAUAUUUUUGCUCGACAGAUUAGGGUCAGAUGUUUACAUACACUCAUCAUGGAUUUUCUCUUUUCCACACAGGGUCCAAACUAUACCUAUAGGUUCAGAUAUAUUGAUAGAGGCCAACUAAUAUUUGGGGAAAUGUUCCGUAGAAAGUUUUUAGUAGGGAUCAACGAGCUUUUGGCACAACUCUGAAUCGACAUUUUAGCACUCAUCAGAAAACUGGUUGGUUUCCUGGAAUUAAAUGAGUGCAUGCAUUUUUAUUUGUCAACCGGC